AUGUCCGAGCAAGUUGUGUAUCCGCCUCCUCCAAACCAAGCUCCUUCCUUCCCUCCUCCGCCAAAUGGCGCUGCAUAUCAACCACCACCCCAAGCCGCUCCAAGCUUUCCUCCCCCGAAUCUUAGUUUUCCUCCACCUCCGCAACAGCCUGUGUCUUCAAACGAGGACAAGGCUGAUGUUUCACCAAUCUCGUCGACAAGCCCAUCGGCCCCACCGAUCAAUGAGAAGGCGAACUAUGUAGCUGAGAAUGGACAGUCGUUUGCUGCCAACUCAGCCAUGUUCAGUUCCGCGGAAGCUCAACAAGCACCACUACAAGGACCAGGUCUCACACGAGCGCAGACAGAUGCGACUCUUGCGAGUAGAAUUGCUCCGAAAAACUUUGUAGGAGCCAUGUCAACCUAUGCGGACGAUGUAGGGACAUUCAAUGGUGGCAGCUACAGGGUCAGUCACCGGGACACGAACACACUCUUGACUAUCCAGCUAGCAGUGGGAUGCCCCAUACAGGCGAGACCGGGCGUCAUGAUCGCAAUGUCCCCCUCCAUGUCCCUCAGAGGCUCGCUCUCAUUUGGAUGGAUGAAAGCCCUUGCAGGAGGGCAGUUGGCCCGGUCAACAUACACCGGUCCUGGAGAACUUCUGAUUGCCCCCUCCAUUCUUGGAGAUGUUACCGUCCUCCGCGUCGACGGUACAAGAGAUUGGACAGUUGGCAAAGAUGCAUUCCUUGCCUGCACGACAGGCGUCAAGAUUGAAUUCAAGACCCAGGGUCUCAUGAAGGGUGUCUUCUCUGGUGAAGGUUUCAUUGUCUUUAACUUCAGCGGCUCCGGUCUGGUGUGGAUGCAGAGCUUCGGGGCGAUUGUCAAGAAAGAGCUCGCUGAUGAUGAAACGUACUACGUGAACAACGGCCAUCUGGUGGCCUGGAACUGCCGCUACAAGAUUGAACGAGUGGCUUCCGGUGGUAUCAUCUCUAACUGGAGUGCUGGUGAGGGACUUGCAUGUAGGUUUACAGGUCCUGGCACUGUUUUCAUGCAGACACGCAAUGUGUCCUCGUUUGUUGCCCAUCUGGGCACUAGUCUUGCUAAAAACUAA